AUGCGCAAAAUCAAGACAGGCGACCUCAUCGUCGACGAGAGGCCUUUGAUGGUCAUGUCUCUGUCAUCCAUGGGUUUACCAGUGGCUCCUUUGAAUGGUCUUACUCAGGAAGAAAAAUACAAGUAUCUUCUGGCUCAAUCCAAGGACGUUGACACGAGCUCGUCAAGCCUCCUUAGAUGGCGAACGGAUCGUCAGACAUCAUCUCAAGUAGAAGGGGCCUUAAAUCGUCCAUCCCAUAACUUCUCUGAUGGGAGAAGAGUAAACCAACGUGACAAAAACAGCGAUUAA